AUGUCACAGAGAUUAACGCAGAUCAAAGAUCACCUUAUGUCCAACGGUGGGCAUACCGUCAAAGACAAGAGAGCAGACGACGUGGUUAUCGUAGCAGCCUACCGCACAGCAAUUGGAAAAGGGUUUAAAGGUGGAUUCAAAGACGUGAACACUGAUUACUUAUUACAACAAUUCUUAAUAAAUUUUUUGGAACAUCUCCCCGAGCCAAUCCAAAAGAACAAGGGCCUGAUUGAGGACGUGACGUGCGGCAAUGUUCUCAACCCAGGAGCCGGAGCAACGGAGCACAGAGCUGCGUGCUUAGGGGCUGGAAUUCCUUAUACGGCGGCCUUUGAGGCCGUCAACAGACAAUGUUCUUCCGGGCUUACCGCGGUCAAUGAGGUCGCAAACAAAAUUCGAGUCGGCCAAAUCAGCAUGGGCCUAGCGCUAGGGGCAGAGUCCAUGAGCCAGAACUAUGGACCACAGGCCCUGGGCAAUGUUUCGUCGGAGCUCAAGCAGAACAAAGAGGCUAGGAAAUGUAUGAUUCCAAUGGGAAUUACCAACGAAAACGUAAGCCAAAAGUUUAACAUUUCAAGAGAGGAUCAAGACAAGUUUGCCGCAGAAUCUUAUCGGAAAGCAGAGCGAGCCGUAUCGCAAGGGUUUUUUCAGGAGGAGAUUUUACCUAUCAGUCUUCCAGAUGGUACAGUCAUAUCUAUUGAUGAAGGUCCUCGUCGUGGCGUCACUGCACGGGGACUUGGCAACUUGAAGCCAGCUUUCAUAAAGGAGAAAGGAACUACUACCGCGGGAAAUGCAUCCCAAAUAUCAGAUGGGGUGGCAGGCGUGCUUCUUACUCGAAGGGCGGUAGCAACCCAAUUAAAUUUACCGAUUUUGGGUAAAUACGUCGCCUUUCAAACGGUAGGCGUUCCACCUGAUAUCAUGGGUGUAGGUCCUGCCUAUGCGAUACCCAGAGUUUUGAAGGAUUGUAAUUUGUCGGUGAAUGAUAUUGACGUUUUCGAAAUCAAUGAAGCGUUUGCGGGCCAAGCGCUCUAUUGCAUCAACAAGCUGAACAUAGCUCACGAUAACGUCAAUCCAAGAGGUGGAGCCAUCGCUCUAGGUCAUCCACUUGGUUGUACAGGCGCGAGGCAAAUAGCCACAAUUCUUCGAGAACUCAACGAAGGCCAAAUCGGAGUUGUAAGUAUGUGCGUUGGGACAGGUAUGGGAGCGGCGGCUGUAUUUGUCAAGGAAUAG